UUUCGCUUUUCUUUUGUCAGUGUACUGUUAUUGCUGGGUUUUUUUUUCUUUUUUUGGUGAAAACUUUAUUGACAAUGCGUGAACACGGUGGCCAACAUCGCGAGGUUUCAGAUCAAGGACACUAAAUGAUGUGAUUACAACUGUAUACUGUAUAGUAUUUCGACGACGAGGUGUACCGCUAUGUCACAAGACGGAACAUUUAGAUUUUUAGUUUUAAUUUUAGGAUAACUAAUUUUUGUAGUGUCGAACUGCACCACUGACUGCAGUAACCCAUGAAAAACAGCAGAGGUCGGUGUGCUAGCGCAUUACAUUACUGUUACAUUAGACAAAAAGGAGAAUAACAUUGGAGGCGUUUUGUCUGUCUGAAGCUGACAUGUCUUAUACAAUAAAUAAAUACAGCCAUUUUCCGUUUAUCAACACGUCAUAUAUUUCAUUAAUAAAAGACGCAAAAAUACAGUAAUACAUUUGUAGGAUCUUAUUUACUAGUUGUGAUCCGUAUUAUUCAAACCAACACCUGUAUUCAGUGGCACACUCACUUUCACUUCACGUGUAAAAUAAGUAAAAUUAAUUAAGCUAAAACCCCAUUCUAAAUGAACAUAUUGGCUUUGCUUUUGCAGACUUUACACCACAGUUCUUGGUGGGGAAUUUAUGGGGUACAUUUGCUGCUUUGGCACCGUUUACAGUGAUGUACACUUGGGGUUUCUUUGUACCUCUGACUGUGAAAACACUGCAUUAAACCUGCAAGAUCAGUUGGAUUAUAAGCUAUGUCAUAUUUUGCGUUUCUUCACACUACACAGCUGCCUUAAAAUGAGAAAACAGUUGUCUGUCCUUUUGUCAGUAGUUUGCAUAUACCUGAUCAUGGGCCCCAUUACAACCCAGUGAAGUGGACAAGUACUUUUAUAUACCUGUUGUUUAUGAGCAUCUCUAAAUAUGAAAAUAAUUGGUGAAAUACUGGACUCUGUAUUGACAUGGGAAGUAAAAACUCUCCAUUUGAACACAAGGCAGCGCAACGUGGUCUGUUGAGCGCUGUCCGUGGUCCUGAAAACAUUGAUUCCACAGUAGCUUCCACGGAAUUUGUAGUGUAAUGAACAGAGGUCAGCUCUUUUACAUUCACUGCAUUCUUUCAGUUUAAGAUGUUACAUUUUAUUUAAAAAUACGUUCAUGGCUUUAACGAGGUAGCACUCACAGCCAUGACAACUUAGGUGACCGUCUCCUAUAAGUGACACGAAAUGCCUUAAGUGUAUUAUUUUUUAAAUUAGCCAAUCACUUUGUUCGGUUUUCUACUCUUGGUUUCCAAAACAAUUUACCUCGUAUGCAUCAACAUUCCCUGUCAGAAGAGGUAAAUACAGUAAGGAAAGCGAGACUGCGUGGGUGGGAGGGGGUCUUAAUGUUCAGAGAGGGAGAGAGAAAGAUAGGGGGGAAGAGAGAGAGAGCGAGAGACGCUUCAACAGUAGACCACGCGUUACAGAACAGGCAAAGGAACCCGACAUGUCUCCAAGAUUCAGGUGUGCCUGGAGAUGCCUCAGGUGUCGUGCUCACGGAUUCCGGUCGCUUCUGUAAACGUGGAUGUACCGACGGACAGCGGCUAGUAUGUCUGCACAGCUGACACGGUUCAUGCAAUGUGGCAGGACAUGGCAUGCGUAAAGAUGGGUCUCCUCGCUCUCCUGUGUGUACCCACGUUUUUCUUCAGCUUCGGCAGCAGCAGCAUCUAUGAGCGCUCCGUGGUACCCCGCGCCGUGUCCCGCUCCGUGGCCCGCAUGGACGGGGACGUGAUCAUCGGCGCGCUCUUCUCCGUCCACCACCAACCGUCCGCAGAAAAAGUGGCCGAGAGAAAGUGCGGGGACGUUCGUGAGCAGUACGGCAUACAGAGAGUUGAAGCGAUGUUUCACACCCUGGACCGGAUCAACACGGACCCGAACUUGCUCCCCAACAUCAGUCUAGGCUGUGAGAUCCGGGACUCGUGCUGGCACUCGUCUGUGGCCCUUGAGCAGAGCAUCGAGUUCAUUCGAGACUCUCUGAUCUCUAUUCGCGAGGACAAGGACGGGUCCAAGUGGUGCAUUGACGGGACUCCGUCCAACCAGCCUCCUCCCACCAAAAAGCCCAUCGCUGGAGUGAUUGGACCGGGGUCCAGCUCUGUGGCCAUACAGGUGCAGAAUCUGCUGCAGCUCUUCAACAUCCCUCAGAUAGCCUACUCUGCCACCAGCAUCGAUCUGAGUGACAAGACCUUGUUCAAGUACUUUCUGAGAGUUGUGCCCUCAGACACUCUUCAAGCCCGGGCCAUACUGGACAUUGUGAAGCGGUACAACUGGACCUACGUGUCUGCAGUCCACACUGAGGGAAACUACGGGGAAAGUGGCAUGGAGGCCUUCAAGGAACUGGCGGCUCAGGAAGGCUUGUGCAUCGCUCACUCUGACAAGAUUUACAGCAACGCCGGGGAGAAGCACUUUGAUCGUCUUCUGAGGAAGCUGCGAGAACGUCUGCCCAAAGCUCGUGUGGUGGUGUGUUUCUGCGAAGGCAUGACUGUGCGGGGUCUUCUGAUGGCCAUGAGGCGACUGGGAGUCCAUGGGGAAUUCCUCCUGGUUGGCAGUGAUGGAUGGGCCGACCGUUACGAGGUGGUGGAAGGUUACGAGCAAGAAGCCGAGGGGGGAAUCACCAUGAAACUGCAGUCAGCGAUUGUCAAGUCCUUUGACGACUACUACCUGAAGCUGCGUCUGGAGACCAACACCAGGAACCCCUGGUUUCCUGAGUUCUGGCAGUAUCGCUUCCAGUGCCGCCUGCAAGGUCACCCCCAGGAGAACAAGAACUACAAGAAAGUCUGCAGAGGAAAUGAAGCUCUGCAGGAGAACUACAUGCAAGACAGUAAGAUGGGCUUCGUCAUCAACGCCAUCUACGCCAUGGCUCACGGCCUCCAUGAUAUGCACCAGGAGUUGUGCCCCGACCAGACAGGGCUUUGUGAGGCCAUGGACCCCAUCGACGGCAGCAAGUUGCUGGACUACCUCUUAAAAGCAUCCUUCCGAGGAGUCUCAGGGGAGGAGAUUUAUUUUGACGAGAACGGAGACACUCCAGGAAGGUACGACAUCAUGAAUCUACAGAUGGAGGAGGGUCGCUACGACUACCUAAAUGUGGGCUCUUGGCAUGAGGGCAUCCUGAACAUGGACGACAACAAGCUGUGGAUGAACAGCAGCGAAAUGGUCCGGUCGGUCUGCAGCGACCCCUGCUUUAAAGGACAGAUCAAAGUGAUACGUAAGGGCGAGGUGAGCUGCUGUUGGAUCUGCACCACCUGCAAAGACAACGAGAUUGUCCAGGAUGAGUUCACCUGCAAGGCAUGUGAGCUGGGGUGGUGGCCUGACGACGACCUGGCAGGCUGUCAGCCCCUUCCUCUGAAGUACCUGGACUGGGCUGAUGUAGAAUCCAUCGUGGCUGUGGUUUUCUCCUGUGUGGGGAUCUUAAUCACCUCCUUUGUCACCUUCGUGUUCAUCCAGUACCGAGACACUCCUGUGGUGAAGUCAUCCAGUCGAGAACUCUGCUACAUCAUCUUGGCAGGCAUCUUCCUCGGCUAUAUCUGCCCGUUCACGCUAAUUGCACGCCCCACAGUGAUCUCCUGCUACCUGCAGCGGCUCUUUGUGGGCCUGUCGUCCGCCAUGUGCUACUCCGCCCUGGUGACCAAAACCAACCGCAUCGCUCGCAUCCUGGCAGGAAGCAAGAAGAAGAUCUGCACCAGGAAGCCUCGUUUCAUGAGCGCCUGGGCCCAGGUGAUCAUCGCCUUCAUGCUGAUCAGCAUGCAGUUGACUCUGGAGAUCACACUCAUCAUUUUGGAGCCUCCGGAGCCCAUCAAGUCCUACCCGAGCAUACGUGAGGUCUACCUCAUCUGUAAUACCAGCAACAUAGGCAUGGUGGCACCACUGGGCUACAACGGCCUGCUCAUCAUGAGCUGCACCUACUAUGCCUUCAAGACACGCAACGUCCCGGCCAACUUCAACGAGGCCAAAUACAUUGCCUUUACGAUGUACACCACGUGCAUCAUCUGGCUGGCCUUCGUACCCAUCUAUUUUGGCUCCAACUACAAGAUCAUCACCACGUCCUUCUCCGUCAGCCUGAGUGUCACGGUGGCUCUGGGCUGCAUGUUCACACCCAAGAUGUACAUUAUCAUCGCCAAACCUGAAAGGAACGUCCGAAGCGCCUUCACCACCUCGGACGUGGUGCGGAUGCACGUCGGAGACGGCAAGUCUGCUCAGUGUGGAAGCAACAGCUUCCUGAACAUGUUCCGCCGCAAAAAGCCCAGCUCUGGGAAUGCCAAUUCUAAUGGCAAGUCUGUGUCAUGGUCUGAAUCAGGUCCACGACAACCUCCCAGGGGGGGGAAUGUGUGGCACAGACUAUCUGUGCAUGUGAGGAAACAGGAAGCAGGCUUGAAUCAGACGGCAGUCAUCAGACCCCUAACUAACAACCCCGACCCCCACAGCUGCAAGCCCACCGGCUGUGACCAUGGCACAGACCUGCAUCACCCACAAGGACCGAGGACUGCUAAACCUUUGUACAGCCAGGUGGAGGAGGAGGACGAUGAGGGCGAUGUGCAGCGCCCCCUCUGGAAUCCAUCUCUCUCUGGACAGAUGUCAAGGCUGGAGUCUGUUUUGGAUAAGACCCCUUAUCUGCCCUCCCACUUGAAGAGCCACACUACAGGGCACUUGCAGGGGGCUGCGGUGGACACACACAGCUCCCACGUCCCCACGAUGAAUGAUCACACGCACCGCCUGGAGGCGAGCCCUGCCCUGGAGCCUUUGAGUGUGACACCCUCCGAGCUGCCCCUGGCCCCACCUGUGAGGGCACUUGAAGAACAUGGAUCUGAGGAGGAGGAACUAGACCUCUUACAGAGCUACAUUUAUAACGCCAGGGGGGAGGGGGAAGCGCAGGAUGGUGAAAUGGAGGAUAUAACUCAACACAAGACAACUCUGGAGGAGUCCUUCGCUCUCUCUCCUCCCUCCCCCUUCAGAGACUCGGUGUGUUCCAGCGACUCCCCCGGUUUGGAGUCGAUGCUGGGCAGCCCUCCGAGCCCCGUGUUCACCUCCAACACGCUCCAGGACUUUGCACACAGCUCCUCAACACUGUGAGAGCAAAGCAGGCAGUGACGCAGGGGCUGUCAGCACGGUUGUCCAUCACAUGACAUGCAUUUGCACACACACACACACACAGACACACACACAAGCAAACAUACGGCUACAGAACAGAAAAUAUUUACCUUUUAGUAACAUUUUUAGCUCAAUCAUUCGCUGAUUUUCUUCUGCCCGGCUUCUUCUUCUUCUUUUUUUUUUUUCUGAGGUGAGGGUUUUGCCAAACAGGAAUCUUCCCAUAUGUGCUUUCCAAAGAAGGGCUGUCUUUAAUGAGCCUUUCGGUAAAAUGUAAAAACUGAGAACGUAGUGCUAAAACUAAUCAGCUCUGAUGCCAAAAUGUUUGCGACGAUAGCACAAUAGUGAGGUUUUUAAUAAGGGAUGUAGCUGUGGUUUCUUAGUGACUGUGCCAUGUUUUUGAUCUGCAAAACAAAACAAAAAAUACACAUGUCCAGAUAUUAACAGUAUGUGCACACACACACAUACGCUGCACAAACUGGCUUUUUGCUUCUCUUUGCUGCUAGUGUGUACGCAGCAGUCGUAGCUACACUCAAAAAACAAAACAAAACAAAAAGACAAAGAAAUUGUGAUGAUCACUCAUUCUCCUCCUCAUUGGACUCCACUUCAGUUUGAUUCCUGUCUAAAACAGUAAGUAACAGUCAAUGGUUGUUUGGAUAUUUCUCUUUGUACACGUUGCAAGGAUUUCUCUACGUCGUCCCAAUCACCUACUGGGAUUUGCCAAAAAAAAAAAAAAGAGACUCAAGUGCUGUACAAUAGGUGACAUGAAAAUGGCCGAAACAAUCGACCAAAACACAAAAAGUGAAGUCAUCUUCCUACGGCAGGCUAGCUUGAUUGUAGUUGACGGCGAUGUUGUUUAUUCUGUACACACUCUUAUGAGUCAUAACCCUGACAACAUCCUUUUUUAUGAGCAUGGGAUGUGAUUAUUAGUGAGUUUGCUGUGUCAUUGUAACGGACCACACAGUGCUUGUACGAGUUCUCGGUUUGUAAUACUGUUGCGCCAUCCUCUUGUUUUUACACACGGGUGGUGAUGUUUGUAAUACAGAUAAAUGUUUCUAUCGCUAGAAUGUCAUCUUUAAAAAAAACAACAAAACAACGGAAAAUCGAGUUUAUACAUUUUGGAGCCGUCUUCGGAUACUUGUCAAGACGCUGUGUUUUUGUUUAGUACCUUUGAAGCUUACUUACAGGUCGACUGUACCUUCUUGAGAUGAUUUAUUUGUAAGAGUAACUGAUGAUUAGUUAGUUAUUGUAUAUAAGAUGUUAUAUACAUGUUUCUAAUUUUGCUGAGAACUUAUUCACUAUCAACUACAGUAGUUUAAGUUUCUAACUUCUCUACCUGGAUAACAAGGCUAAACAGUGCAUAGUGCAAUUGUAUCGUAUUUCCAAAUGUUUUUAAGUCGAUUAUAGUGUUAAAGUUGUUUUAUCUUGUGGAGAGAAAAAAAAAUACAAGGGUGCCAUUUGAGUGACAAGCCUUUAUGUUUUCAGUUAGCUGAAAAAGCUUGGAUUUAACAAAAAAAAAACUAAAAUUAUAUUAAGAGAACUGGUUAAUGUCUGAAAACAAGUUAGGCUGUUAGAGCAGAAACCAGAGAAGGUUAAUGGGACUUUGAGAAUUAAAUGAGAUUUGAAUCUUAA